AACACUUCCGGGAAAAACAAUUUUUGACCGUGAUUGAGUUCAAUCCGAGGCCGAGCUAGGUUUUGUCUUUUGAAAAACGUCUAAUUCAGGAUGGAGUCGGACGUAUCGGGAAGAGAUCAUCAUCCGGAAGACGCCAAAAGCUCGGAGGAAGAAGAAGAGAGUCCUGAUGAAAACCAGAACCUCCUAAGACGUUCAGUCACCCAUGAUGGGGAUAACAGGAAUACCUUGCAAGUUCCUGAGGGGCGAGGGCGCUCUCUCAGCUCGCCCAUCAAUCCUAAUAUCCUACUCAGCUUCUCGGCAGCAUCAGAAUCUGUCAGGAGAUUGUCAGGAAGCAGUAGGAUCUCCUACCAGACCUUUGACUGGGAGUCGGCUAAACUCAAUGUUGAGGAAGCAGAGGAAACCCGGAUAGAGAGCGUCAUCAAAGCAAGCAGAUCAAUGCUAGGAUUCCAGUGCGAGGAUUCAGAAAUCUCCGACGACGAACGGGAAGUGGUGGUUGCGGAACUGGAGCAGCAGUUCUUUGAGAUGCCCCCAAGAUCGUUCAAUAACUCAUCACAGACAGCCGAUGACAAAAGAAGAGCGUUCCUGCGUAUGACAUCCCUGAACUACGAUUCGGUGAUCGACCGUGAAGUGAAAAUGAGACAGAGAGCUUGGACAGAUGAAAUGGAUGUACCGUUGAGAAAAGGUGUGCCAUACAUGUCUCUUCAUGCUAAGCCUGUACCGUACAACGGAAAGGGAAGGAGAGUGUUCAUUGAAGACACUCCGAUCUCUAUCAAGAUAGUCGACUGCGGUAGAGUUCAUUCAACACUUCAUCUAAACCCAAAUCAGUACCACAUUGAGAUUCGGCAUGGGCCUUGCUUGUGGGCUGUGCGUCGACGGUACAACCAUUUCCUUCGACUUCAUGAGGAGCUCAUCUUAUACAAGGCUCGGCUGCAUAUACCCGUGGGUAGAGGGAGCCAUCGGGAGAGAUACCGAUUAUUCCGAGAACUACCCGAUGAUGUCAAUGAUCUUCCUCACUUUCCGAGGACAUUAGAUGCACUUGUUCGUGCGCACCAGCUUGCCAAAAGAAUGCAUCAACUUGAAAAGUAUCUCCAAGGCGUGGCUAAUAAUCCUCUCUACAGGAACCAUCCGAAAAUGUUAGAGUUUUUGGAGGUCAGUCACAUUUCUUUUGUAGAUGAGCUUGGAGAGAAAGGGAAGGAAGGCUGGGUGAUGAAAAGGUCCGGUGGAAGAAGGGUCCAACUUGGAUGUUUCUCAUCUCUCUCAUGCAGUGCAAAAAGUCACUACAGUAAAAGGUGGCUGGUUGUGAAGGAUUCCUUUGUAGCCUACGUCCGACCCAAAGAUGGACUGUUGAGGGCGGUGUUGCUCAUGGAUCAAGAUUUCCAGGUGGCCUGCGGGAGAGAGGACACCGGCCUUGCACAUGGUCUAAAGAUCACCAAUACAUUCAGGAAUUUGCUCCUGCGUUGCAACCACAAAUCAAUGGCUCUUGAUUGGAAGGCUGACAUCGAGAGGACUGCUCGGUCCUGUGAGUACACGUCUGUUAAUCCUCACGGCUCAUUUGCCCCUCCUAGAGAUGACACACUGGUUCAAGGGUUUGCUGAUGGGUCUGACUACUAUGAGUGUAUUGCCGAUGCGCUUGAGGUUGCUAAGCAACAGAUCUUCAUCUUAGAUUGGUGUCUGCAUCCUCAGAUCUUCUUGAAGAGACCACCCCAAGAUGACAAUAGGUGGAGACUGGAUUGCAUUCUGAAGAGAAAGGCGGCGGAAGGUGUGAAAGUGUUUGUGUUGCUGUACAAGGAAGUAGAAGUGGCACUCAACCUAGGUAGCCUUCACACUAAGCAAACUCUCCUGGGUCUUCAUCCCAAUAUCAAAGUGAUGAGGCAUCCAGACCACAUUCCAGGCGGCGCUGGGGUCGUACUCUGGGCCCACCACGAGAAGGCCGUAGUCGUUGACCAGCGGAUUGCCUUUCUGGGGGGCAUUGACAUCUGCUACGGCCGAUGGGACGACUUCAGACACAGGCUUGUUGAUACGGGUGCCGCUAAGGAAGAGGAUUCGCAUGGAGCAGAGGACGUGCCUGAUGGAAGAAUGUCGGCCAAUCGUUCAAGAAAACAAAAUGGCAGCUUAGGCAAUAGUGGACACAUGACAGGAGUAGAGAGGAGAAUGCGCCAACUUGGGAUUGAAGAGGGCGCUAGGCAGCUUUGGCUUGGUAAAGACUAUUACAAUCCCAUCAUCAAGGAUGUGAUUCAACCAGAACUUCCCUUUGAAGAAAACGUGGAUCGCUUAUCGGUACCAAGAUUGCCGUGGCAUGACAUUGCUGCAGUGGUUUAUGGGAAGGCAGCCCUGGAUGUGGCGAGACACUUCAUUCAGAGAUGGAAUUUCACAAAGGAGCAGAAGAAGAAAGAGAUGCCUAAAGUUCCGCUACUCAUCCCUAAAUCAUCCACAACUCUUACCAAAUCUUUUCUUCCAUCCAAUCCAGAUGCUACUUACUGCAGGUGUCAGAUCUUACGAUCAGCAUGUCAAUGGUCAGUGGGAAUGCAGCAUGUUGAGGAUUCUAUUCAUCAAGCCUACAUCAGCGCCAUCAACAAGAGCAAACAUUUCAUCUAUAUAGAGAAUCAGUUCUUCGUCUCCAUAGCGAAUGAUCCCGAUGUAUCGAAUGGAAUCGCGGAUGCAAUCUUUGAGAGGAUUGUUAGGGCUCAUAGAGCUGGUGAAGUGUUCCGUGUGUACAUCCUGAUGCCGCUUCUGCCAUCCUUCGAGGGUGACGUUGGGGGCGAUAGCGGUUCUUCCAUACGAGUGAUCCUUCACUGGGAAUACAGGUCCAUUCUCAAAGGAGAGAACGCUAUACUACAGAGACUCUAUCAAGAGGGCAUCACUUCACCCGAAGACUACAUCAGUUUCUACGGUCUCCGCACCCAUGACAGUCUCAACGACCAGCUCGUCACUGAGCUCGUCUACAUCCACUGCAAGCUGAUGAUCGUCGACGACAACACUGUCAUCAUCGGCUCGGCCAACAUCAACGAUCGCAGCAUGCUUGGGAUCCGCGACAGCGAGCUUGCUGUGUUGAUUGAGGAUACACAAAUGGUCGAGAGCGUGAUGGAUGGUGAGAGGUACUUGGCAGGGAAGUUUGCCCUUGACUUCAGGCAGCAUCUCUUCAGAGAGCACCUGGGCGUCUUGAAAGGCUGUGAGGAUAUUGAUGUAUCGGACCCCAUCUCUGAUGAGUUCUACAACAGGACGUGGAAGAGGAUUGCCUAUUCCAACACCAACAUAUAUGAUGAGGUGUUCAAGUGCCUCCCGACCGACAGAGCGUCAACUUUCCUGGGCUUGCAGCAGUUCAAGAAGGAGCCUCCUCUUGCCCAUGUCGAUCAUGAAGCAGCUGAAGAGAGACUGACAGAGGUCAGAGGUCAUCUAGUGUGCACGCCUCUGAACUUCCUGUCUGAGGAAAACCUGCAGCCCAGCAUAGUGGCAGCCGAGGGCCUUGCCCCGACCAAACUGUGGACAUGAUAACACUACCAAGGGAGCGUUUCAAGAAAGAACUUGUCUCACAUUUUAAAAGCGCUUCUCAGCUCAUCAAAAUCAAGGAAAGUGGUCAGAAAUUGGGAUGUAAAAUGUUAAUGAAUCGCUCUUCAGACAUGAUGACCCGACCCAGAG